AUGGCGGUAAAACCCGUCGNAUCUCUCAAUCCGUGGAUUGCCGUCUAUUAUCCUGAAAGACCGCCUCAAAAGGCUGUUGACGAAGAUGCACUACUUAUAGAAUGGGAAAAAGCUAUAAGAACUCCUUGGAGAGUUAACGCCGAUUUUGUUCGACAGUUAGCGGAGAAAUAUGCGUACAAGUCUGGAAAAUGGCUGAUCUACUCCACGAGCGCUCAGAUUGAUGAAAUAUGGAACUCUGUUGCAGCAGCUGUGGUCAGCGGAAGCCUUGGCUGGGCUGCCAAAGUCAGCCCACGUGACCGCGAGAAGAGCACACACGUCAUUUGCGUUUACACAGAAGAUUUCAUGAACGAAGAGCAAGUACGAGCUGUUGAGAAAGGUCUGAGAAAAGUAGGAGUUACUUCUGUGAUGAAAUACAAGCCAGAUGUGCACACAACGCUGGGAAUUUACCGCAACAAUCCCUGGGGACUGAAACCUACAAUCUAUACCAGUCGCCCAUAAAAUAAAGUGGUUAUUUUUGUACCUUG